GCGAUACGAGUUGCAUAGCUGCGGGAGAAGCAGAAUGAUAACCGUGGCUUCAGCAUUUGGGUUGUCGCGUCAAACAAGUUACUUUGAAAUUAGUGCAACGACAAACGACGCUUACAUAACUUUGCUAUCCUAUAAGCGGACGGACGCGUUCGACUCUAAAAGUUCAUUCGACUAUGCAGGUAACAAGGUCAAUCCGACUACCUAGCAAGCGGCUUCAGCUGUCGGGAUGCCGCCUUAUUCAUAACCAUCCCGCACUUCGCUCAUCAAAUCCCUCUGGUCGGACGGCUUCGUUUGGCUUCAGGACAGUUCCAGAGGAGUCGAAGGAAUCACUUGUGAAGGAUGUUUUCGACUCUGUCGCAUCAAAAUAUGACUUGAUGAACGACGCCAGCUCUCUUGGCGUACACAGACUGUGGAAAGACUCCUUCGUAGAUACGCUCAAACCGGGUCGCAAAGGUCCCCUUCGGUGCAUAGACGUUGCAGGAGGAACAGGCGACAUCGCUCUCCGUAUUCUGGAUCACGCAAGGGAGAAAUAUGCAGACAGAGAAACUACCGUAGAAAUCGUGGACAUCAACGCGCAGAUGCUCAAGGAGGGAUUCACGAGGUUCAAAAAGACAAUGUACCACAAUACACCUCAGGUUUCGUUUCACGAAGCAAAUGCACAAGAACUACCACCUUCUCAGUUCAAGGAUGAUUCCUAUGACUUGUACACAAUCACAUUUGGUAUCCGCAACUGCACUUCCAUCCCUGCCGUGCUAAGUGAGGCCUACCGGGUUCUCAAGCCUGGCGCUACCUUCGCGUGCCUUGAAUUCAGCAAGGUUAAUAACCCACUGCUGAGCACACUGUACGACCAGUAUUCAUUCACGGUCAUCCCGCUGCUUGGAACCAUCCUAGCUGGCGACCGGGAUUCGUACCAGUAUUUGGUAGAGUCUAUUCGCAAAUUCCCAAGUCAGCCUGAGUUUGCGCAGAUGAUUAGAGAUGCAGGUUUCUCCACAGGAGGUGAUUUUGAUGGUGGUGCUUGGACAGAUCUCUGGGGAGGCAUUGCCUCGAUACACACAGGAGUAAAGAUCUAGUUAUAGCAUACUCCUUUCCUCGUACUACGAUUCUAAUACCCAUUUGCUGUCUACCUUCCUUUGUCGAGUUGAAUAAACAAUUUGCAAAGGCACGCGAGGCAGC